AUGUCUGAAAAAAAAAUAAGAAAGAAGUACCAUGACAAAAUAGACUUCAAAUUGGAUCUGCCUGAUACAAACAAUAAAAAGGAGAAAGCAAGAUAAAGUGCUAAAAACACCAGAUAGAGAAAGAAGGCAUACAUUGAAAGUCUAGAGUAAAAGUGUGAGGUGGCUUAAUUGACAGCUCAAUUGAAUUAAAAUAAGAAAGUAGAAUCCAAGCCCAGUCUAAUGUAACUGAUGGAGCAGUUUUUGAUAGAUAGAAAAUAAUAAUUCGAUAUGUUGGAAAAAGCAUAUUAAGAAGAAAACGAAGCUAGUAUAAAAGUUAUUACCAAUUCAUUAAGAUUUAAAUAUGGUAUAGCUGGUCAAGGUCGUUUGAUGGCCAUAAAUAAAGUAUUUGAAUUGCUUAUAGAUUUAUUAUUGCCUAUGCAUAUGAGAUACCUCUUUUGGGUGGCUUCUGAAGAUGUCGAUAUUUUCAAGAGAGAGAGACAGUCAGGUGAAUUUUAUUCGUUUGAUAUGAGUGAUAGCUAAAUAAAUUGCUUAAAUUCAUUUGGAUUGGAUGACGAUCAAAUUCUAAAAAUAUAAAAUAUGCAAUAGACAAUAUAAGAAUAGAGAUCACAUUACGACAACUUAAUAAUUGAGAUAUAUAAAAUACAACAAUCAAUAAUCAAAGAAAGUGAAAAGUGUCAAACCAUAGUGGAUGAAAUAUGGGAUGUUUUGGAACCGAAAUAGGCGGCAGGAUAAGGCAAGUUUAUUUUAUAAAAUUAGAGUCGAAUAGAAUAAUUCAGAGAGAAGAAAGUGUAUCCUGAUUGUGUGAUUUUAACGCUUUAAAAGAGGGCGAAAGAGGAGAUCUAAAGAUAAUAACAAUACUCUUAUUUUGACAUGAAAAAAGAAUAAAAACAGGAGGAACUUGGAUUGAAUAAUUAUUUUUAAGCAGAUUUUAAUAAUUGA